AUGUUGAAAGUGCUCUUCAUUCUUCUAAUAAUCAAUAUUCAAUUUCUAGCAAAUGCUCAUAUUUCUGGCUAUAAUGCAAUUUCUGGCUCUGAAAAUUGUCAAAAAAUAUUCAAUGGUAUUUUGUCACCCAAUAAUUUAAAUUUAACCAAAAAAGUCGAUGAAAUGUACAAUUUUCUCUAUCAAGAAUACGUGGAUCUUCGAAAUUCUGAAUUUUCGGAUCAGGAAAUUUUGAUUUUUAUGAAUUGGUUUUGCCAAGUUUUUGGAUAUUUAACCGAUUUUGAUAGAACUAAAGUUAUUCCGUUGGAUGGAAUUAUUUAUGGGAAUACAACUUGGAUGUAUCAAUAUUCGGUUUGUUUUAUUUUCUUUUUUUGUAAGCCAAAAAAUAAGCAGUCCCAAAAAAAUAAGCAGUCCCAAAAAAUAAGCAGUCCCAAAAAUAAGCAGUCCCAAAAAAUAAGCAGUCCCAAAAAAUAAGCAGUCCCAAAAAAUAAGCAGUCCCAAAAAUAAGCAGUCCCAAAAAAUAAGCAGUCCCAAAAAUAAGCAGUCCCAAAAAUAAGCAGUCCCAAAAAUAAGCAGUCCCAAAAAAUAAGCAGUCCCAAAAAAAUAAGCAGUCCCAAAAAAUAAGCAGUCCCAAAAAUAAGCAGACACAAAAAUAAGCAGUCCCAAAAAUAAGCAGUCCCAAAUUUCUCUGUUUCUCUGCGUCUCUUGUUAAUUAGCAUGCAGAGAGAUACAUAAGCAGUCCCAAAAAAUAAGAUUAAAAAUAAAAAAUUUUCCAGCCAGCAUUCAUAAAAUCCGUGGAACUUCACAAAAAAUAUUUGAAAGAAUAUCAAAAGCGAAAAUUUCAUCGAAAACAUGAGUUGGAACUUGCAUACGUGGAAAAAAUGGAAAAUAAGAUUUUUGACAAAAGAAUUUUACCGCGAACCCUGAUGAUUUAUAAUAUUCUACUCCUUUUUCGAGUUCUGAAAUAUUUUCUUGAUUAUUUUUAUGAGCCAACAAUUCGCCUAACAAAUUUCGAUUUUUUGAUGACUUUCGGGAUUUUUAUCAAUAUUAGUAUUCUGAAUUAUAUGCUUUAUUAUUAG